ACACACACACACACACUACAUUCAUGAGUAGUCACUCAUGAAUGCAUUGUGUGUGUGUGUGUGUGUGUGUGUACUCAUGAAUGCAUUGUUCAGCCAACAGUUUUAAUAAAGUUCAUAUGUUAUAUAAAAGUUCACUGAACUUUAUUAAAACUGUUUGGUGAACCCAGGAUAUGGUGGAACGUCGGGCAAUAUAUAAUUAAUCCAAAUGAUUUACACUGGAUUAUUCAUCUGUUGUUGGGUACGCAUUAGGAAUCUGUGAACAAAUGACUAGUGUAAAACUUGCCUAUUAUAUACUGUUUACAGAUUAUUAAGCAGACUGUAUCUCUCAUGAAUGUACAGUUUCUUUUGUGAUUUAGAGCCAAACAGAGAAGCACGCUUGUUUUCCAGAUUUUUUUUCCCCCAUACCUGUCUUGCAAAAGCUUCCCGGAAAGUUGUACAGAGACCGUUGACAAUGUUGGAGAACACAACAGAUGUUGAGAGAUUUUCCACAGAAAGGACCAGUGAUAUCUGCUCACCUGCAUUCAUAUAAUUUGCAAACUGUCCACCAGUGGGUUUGGAGUCUCUGAGAGUGUCUGAUUACCAGCUACAGGCUUCGUCAUCAUUGAGCAGUGGGUUAGGCCCCCACCGAGGACGCCUCAACAUACAGUCAGGUCUAGAGGACGGAGAUGAGUAUGACGGAGCAUGGUGUGCUGAGAUGGAGGAUAAAGAGCAGUGGUUGCAGUUGGAUGCUCUCAGGCCAACACUCUUCACUGGGGUCAUUCUGCAGGGAAGAAACUCCAUCUGGAGCUUGCACUGGGUCACACGGUAUAAGGUGCAGUUCAGUAAUGACUCUGUGACAUGGCAGCCCUGCAUGAAUGGAUCACAAGAAGCAGUGUUUGUGGGAAAUCAGGACCUGGAGACUCCUGUGCUGGCUCUGUUCCCUGAACCCACAGUGGCCCAGUACAUUCGCAUCAACCCACAGAGCUGGUUCACCAACGGCACUAUCUGCCUUAGAGCUGAAAUCCUGGGUUGCCCCAUGCCAGAUCCUAACAACCAGUACACCUGGGAGUCAGAGAGGGUUUCUACCGACAAGUUAGACUUUAGACACCAUAAUUAUGUUGAGAUGAGAAAGUUACUGAAGGCAGUGAGUGACGAGUGUCCUGAUAUUACACGUAUCUACACUAUUGGAAAGAGUUACACUGGGCUUAAACUCUAUGUCAUGGAGAUUUCAGACAAUCCUGGAAAACAUGAACUGGGAGAGCCAGAGUUCCGCUAUGUUGCUGGAAUGCAUGGAAACGAGGCCUUGGGUCGGGAACUGGUGUUGAACCUUAUGCAGUACCUCUGCCACGAGUACAAACGAGGCAAUCAGCGAGUAGUUCGGCUGGUGAAAGAAACACGUAUUCACCUUUUACCAUCCUUCAACCCUGAUGGAUAUGAGGCAGCAUAUGAGAAGGGGUCUGAGCUUUCUGGUUGGGCUUUAGGUCGCUACAGCUUUGAGGGCAUUGAUAUGAACCAUAACUUUCCCGACCUCAACAACAUCAUGUGGGAUGCUCGGGAGCUGGCAACAGACAAAAAGAAAGUCAGCAACCACUACAUCCCCAUGCCAGAGUACUACACCACAACCGAAGCAACAGUUGCUCCAGAGACUCGAGCAGUAAUAAGUUGGAUGCAGGACAUUCCGUUUGUUCUGAGCGCUAACCUGCAUGGAGGAGAGCUGGUGGUCACUUACCCGUUUGACUGCACGCGAGACUGGAUCCCCCGUCAGGACACACCUACUGCAGAUAACGACUUCUUUCGCUGGCUGGCAGCUGUUUAUGCCUCCUCCAAUCUGGUGAUGGCCAACCCUGACCGCAGAAUGUGUCAUUAUGAGGACUUCCAGCGUUAUAACAAUAUUAUUAAUGGAGCUGACUGGCACACUGUCCCAGGAAGCAUGAAUGACUUCAGCUACUUGCACACUAAUUGCUUUGAGGUGACUGUAGAGUUGUCGUGUGAUAAAUUCCCUCAUGCCAGUGAGCUUCCUGUUGAAUGGGAGAGUAACAAGGAGGCUCUUCUGCUCUAUAUGGAGCAGGUGCACAGAGGCAUAAAAGGUGUGAUCAGGGAUAAAGACACUAAACAGGGUAUUGCAAAUGCUAUUGUUAAAAUCGAGGACCUGGACCAUGACAUUAGAUCAGCUAAUGAUGGUGAUUACUGGCGCCUGUUGAACCCCGGUGAGUAUAAGGUGAUUGUGUGGGCAGAGGGCUACUUCCCUGCUAUGCGUCACUGCUCUGUAGGCUCAGAACCACAGGCCACCAUCUGUGACUUCAACCUUACGAGAACACCACAAGAGCGCAUCAAGCAGAUCCUGGCCAAAGGUGGGAAGCUCCCCCGGGACGAGCAGCUCCGCAUCAGAGCCUUGCGAAUGCGUAAACUCAGAGUCAGCACAAAGAUUCUGAACCGCCGGCGUGAGCAGCAGCGGCGUGCCAAAGUCAAGAGAAAGUGAAUGACAUGCUGUAAAUCACAAAACACAGAAAUGAGCCAAUCCCUGCUUACAGAAUUAGAAUGUGAGGAGGCUUAGAUAGACGUAAAGUAGAAGUGUGUAGCCGAGGCGGCUCAGGUCAGUAUCUUACCUUCUCGGCAUGCUGCACCGUUCAUUCUGGGCUCUGAACUCAAUGGCCAGCCUGUUCAAAUACGAAAUUUUAAACUCGGUAAAAGGAACCCAAGUAUUUUAUUCCUGUAAAAGGGUGCAGUGUUCACUAUUAAAUUAGCCCAUCACUGCUCUGCACAUAAAGUGUACCUGUGAGCAUCUUUUAAACACUGAAUGUUUAUACAAUUAAUGCAGUUGUGAAGAACGCACCAGUGAAAAUGCUAGGUGUAGCUGGUUUUCUACACCCAUAGCAAUUUUGCAUCAGCAACAUGUAACAAAUUAGACCUUUUCUUAUUCUACACUUUAAUAAAAAAAUAAAAUAAAUAA